CAUCUUCGAAGCCACGGAGAACUGACGACCGGGCACUGUCAGCUCCUUUUUCCGGCAAAUGUCCCGGCGAAGGGCACACCAAAGGCUGCAGCAGCACGCGUCAGCAGCAGUGCGGGCUGAGGAAUGGGCUCCAGUAAAAUGUGUGCUCCUCUCCUCUCCUCUCCUCUCCCUCCUGGCCUUCCAACAGUGCCACUGCGCCAUCUGUGUCCGGAAGGAUGGAUUCCUAUCCAAAUUGGAGAACGCUACCUGCUGUUACUGUAAGCAGCAUCGAGUCUGCGAAGCUGGCUAUCGAAGACCGGGAAGACGGAGUACGUCAGUGUCCUUUCGUGGGGGAAGCACUUGGAAGAGGACGAAGACAAGGAAGGCACCACGAGAUGUCGCGAAGGAGUGUGUAAGUGUUCGAUGGAAUGCUUGUGUACCGUAUGGUCCUGUGGGGGGGAGGCCAAGAACACGCACGCAGACCGAUUCAAUUGCCGCACCGCAGACCCAUUCCUUUGGUGAAUGUUUCCGAGAUUCAUGGCCUGGUGAUGGUAACAUCUUCUUGGCGUCAUGUGGGCCAAGUACAGACAUACGUACCAUGCAGCAGGCGACAAUGGCGUGAUAGGCUUCCACCCUAAACGCACGCUUGCUUCAUCUCCAUCCUCCUUCCACUGUCCAUGCACCUCCACUUGGAGCUCCUCCUGAUCUCUUUCUUCUGAACAGAGUCAUGGCUCAAACCUUUGUUGUUUAACUUGUUUCUGGUUCUGCAGAAGACUACCAAGUUAUGGACUUGGGAGUUACUGCCACAUCGCACACUGUCCUGCACGCACACAGAUCCCCAAGCCACCCUUCAUUUUCUAUAAAGCAGGGUUUUAGGCCUUCGAAGCACACACCAAAGCAUAGAGCCAUUCCACCUUCCUCCCUCCCUCACUCUCCGGAGGUCAGUGAUCGCCAUUAAUGGACCAGAGCUCUUCUCUCAAGUUCCUGGGGUCAUGGGCCGACUCCCACACCCACCGCGUCCGGCUCGCCCUCAAGCUCAAGGGCUUGGUGUUCGAGUACCAGGAGGAGGACUCGGUCAACCCCAGCCCCGCCCUCCUCCUCCACAACCCCAUCUACAAGAAGGUCCCCGCUCUCCUGCACGACGGCCGUCCCGUCGUCGAGUCCCUCGUCAUCCUCCAGUACAUCGACGAGACAUGGACCGACAACCCCAUCAUGCACGCCGACCCAUUCGAGCGCGCCAUCGUCCGCUUCUGGUGCCACUUCGCCGACGACAAGCUUGGGCCGGCGGUGGGUUUGGUGUUUUCGUCGGCGGGCGAAGGCCAGAAGGCGGCCGUCGAUCAAGUCCACGAGAACCUGAAGCUGCUCGAGCGCGAGCUAAGAGACGGAGCCUUCAAAGGCAGGAGGUUCUUUGGAGGCGACAACAUCGGCUUGCUCGACAUCGUCCUCGGGUGCGGCUCCUACUGGCUCGCCGUGUUCGAGGAAGUCAUGGAGGUGAAGCUCGUCGACCCCGACACCUUCCCCUUGUUCCAUGCAUGGCUGCGAGACUUCGAGGAGCAGAAGGAGGUGAAGGAGACGAUCCCGCCGAUCGACAAGCUACUCGAGCACGCGAGGGGCAUCCGGCAGAUGAUGCUGAGCCUCAGUACAGACACCACCACCGCCACCACCAUCGGAGCUCCUGCUACUGGCAGCACCACCAGCAACAACGACGCUGCUGUUGAAGAGAUUGGGCUGUUGCAGGAGUCUCUUGUGCUGUAGUCAUCGUUUCCUGUGUCGAGUCAUGUGAUCAGCUGCAAUCCGAUGCCAUGGUUGCAGAAUCUUGGGCUCGACAAGAUGGGGCAUGUGGAAGAGCUUUGUUCCGACUACAAUGAGAAUUAAUGCUUAGUGGC